AUGAUGUCCUCCAAUAUCUUGUCUCGCUUCUUACCUCCCACGGACUCACCCUCGGUGUACGAAGCCAUACGAGAACACGACGCCGGGUCCGAUUCCUCUGAUGUCGAAGAGCGCGCGGGGUUGGCCCAUGAGGGAGACUAUAGGGAACACUUCAGUGAUGGAGAGUUGGCGGAUGCCCUGGCAGAUGCAGCUCGAAGUGAAGCCUCCAGCCCGAGUGCCGGCUUGUUGGGUCCAAGGGCGUCUGGGAAGGCAGCAGCUCGUCAUGGUUCACAGUCUCAUACUCGUCGGCGCAAGGCUUCGAGGCCGCGGUGGAUGAACCAGCCGUCACCAACUGGAUAUGAACUUGACGACCGGGAUGAGGAUGUACCGCCGUCACUUUUGGUUGAGGGGCAUGACGACGAGGAGUUGAAGUCGCGUCUCCCUCCUCCACCUCACAGCAUGCCCAGCCGAUCAAGAACCCCCAGUCCUCCACCUCCACCUCAAAACCAACCUGAUCUGCCACGCCGCCAAACACGUCAAACGGAAAACAUGGCAGGCGCUGCGAGUACUCACCCCGUGGCCCGUUGGUUCAUCGCACAACAACAUCCGAGCUUAAGCAACACUGACCCCAAGAAGAAAGCCAUGUGGCGGUGGGCCAACGUGGAGAACUUGGACAACUUUUUAAAAGACGUGUAUACCUACUUCCUGGGAAAUGGGUUUUGGUCGAUCUUGCUGAGUCGGACCUUAAAUCUUCUGACGUUUGCUUUCGUGGUCGGUUUCACGACUUUUCUAACCAACUGCGUGGACUACCACAAAGUUCGAGGCAGCAAGUCCCUGGAUGAAAUUCUCGUCCCAAAAUGCACAUCCAAGAUGUCUGGGUCGGCCACGUUUUUACUUUGGCUGCUCAGCUUUUUCUGGAUUAGCAAGCUCUUCCAGUUUCUACUGGAUAUUCGUAGACUCAAGCAUAUGCAUGACUUUUAUUAUUAUCUGCUUGGAGUGUCCGAUGCUGAGGUUCAGACAAUCUCAUGGCAAGAGGUUGUCAGUCGCUUGAUGACUCUACGAGAUGCCAAUCCAGCCACGGCCGCCGCAGUCUCUGCCAGGCACCGGAAGUACCUUCGCAGCCAGUCCAAGCAGCGUAUGGAUGCCCACGAUAUUGCCAACCGCCUGAUGCGCAAGGAGAAUUAUAUGAUUGCGCUAGUCAACAAGAACAUUCUGGACUUGACCUUGCCGAUCCCAUUCCUCCGCAAUCGACAGCUCUUCUCGCGGACACUAGAAUGGAACCUCAACCUUUGCAUUAUGGACUACGUCUUUAAUGAGCAAGGCCAGUUACGAACCAUAUUCCUCAAAGAUACCCACCGAAGAGCUCUGAGCGAUGGUUUACGCCGACGCUUUAUCUUCGCCGGUAUCAUGAACAUCUUCGUCGCCCCUUUCAUCGUGGUGUACUUUCUGAUGCAUUACUUUUUCCGCUAUUUCAACGAAUUCAAGAAGAAUCCAUCUCAAAUUGGCUCGCGCCAAUAUACCCCGCUGGCGGAGUGGAAGUUCCGUGAAUUCAACGAACUCUGGCAUCUCUUUGAGCGUCGCAUCAACAUGUCAUACCCCUUCGCUAGCCGCUACAUCGAUCAGUUCCCCAAGGACAAGACCGUCCAACUGGCUCGUUUCGUCGCCUUCAUCUCUGGUGCCCUAGCUUCAGUACUAGCGCUGGCCUCGGUGAUCGAUCCGGAGCUGUUCCUCGGAUUUGAAAUUACACAUGAUCGAACAGUGCUUUUCUAUCUCGGUAUCUUCGGUACCGUGUGGGCCUUUGCUCAAGGAAUGGCACCGGAAGAAACCGACGUCUUUGAUCCUGAGUUUGCGCUUCUGGAAUUGAUUGAUUUUACCCAUUAUUUCCCUUCGACGUGGAAAGGCCGCUUGCACAGCGACGAUGUGCGGAAGGAAUUCGCCGUUUCCUACCAACUGAAAAUCGUGAUCUUCUUGGAGGAGAUCUUGAGCAUGAUCUUUACCCCCUUCGUCCUCUGGUUCAGCCUGCCAAAGUGUAGCGACCGCUUGAUCGAUUUCUUCCGCGAGUUCACGGUUCACGUCGAUGGUGUGGGAUACCUAUGCUCCUUCGCAGUUUUUGACUUCAAGAAGGGCACAAAUGUCAUGUCCCAAGGUCGACGUGAUAAUGGCCGCCAAGAUCUGCGUGCCGAUUACUUCUCCACCAAGGAUGGCAAGAUGCUUGCAUCCUACUAUGGCUUCUUAGAUCACUACGGGACCAAUCCUCAAACCAACACUCGCCGCCCAUUCCAUCCGCCUCCAGGCUUGCCUACCCUCGGGUCUCCCGAACUGGGUGCUCUCCCCGAACGAUUUGAAUAUCCAACUCGGCCUGGUCCAGCAGGUGGACCAUGGGGCCCGCAGUCCAUUGUUGCCGCCUCCAGAUUCCGGGCAGCCCCAACAGGGGAACCCCGCUCACCAGGUCCUUCCAUUCUCCUGGAUCCGCAUCACCAACCCUCUAGCUCUGGCUUCCGCUCUGCGGCCCGCCACGCGCCACAUCAACGCUCGCGACUGGCACGGUCACAGCUGCCCAUCGCCAGCCCCAUUGAUGACGAAGAUCAGGCGUCUCAGGAACCCCGCGAUUCUACAUCUCGCCAACCAGGCGUUGCUUCCAGUGGAGGUGCUGGGACUGGUGAGAGCAGCCUGGGUGAUUCAUGGCGCAUGAGCCCUCUUGGCCAAGAGGAGGAUGCCGACGAGGGCGAUGAGGAAGAGAACCUCGACGCGAUUGCCGGGGGUGCUGGCGUACUAGGUCUUAUUCAGCAGUUCCAGAAGGCAAACGCUGAGGGUAGAAGGGCGCCCGUGGGGAUCUAG